AUCACCUGGCAUGUGCCUCUUUUGUUUUGAAUGCUGUCAUGCUAGGGAAGGUGACCAUGAUCAAGUUCAGAAAGACUGUUCAGAAUGGACUGUGGAGAAUGGCUGAAGAGAAAUCAGAUUGAGGAUUUAAAGAGGUCAACAAUGAGCCAUCCUCGGUAGAAAGAGUCUCUGAUUCUCACAAGACACCUGGAAAAUUGUCCCAGUGGUAGCAGUGAACAAAUUGAGGCUCAGAAAGAAAAGAAGACUGAGGAGACCAGCCAUGCUGCUUAUCCUCUGAGGAUUUGAACUGAGCAAACCACAUCAGCUUGGAAAGUGCCAUUGCCCAUUCUCCAAGCAAUACAAAGGCAGUGAACAAAAGAAAGAGCAGAGGGCUUGGAUUUAGAAGGCUUGAACUUGGGCCGAUCUACUCAUCUUUUGCAAGCUGUGUGGCAUCAGGCUGAUCUUGAGGCUAUAAGAUGGAGAGUGAAUACAGGAAAACACUGUUGUUGAAAGGCCUGGACCAAAUCACAGAAGAGGAACUGAAGCGGUUCAAGUUCCUUGUCAUAGACAAGUUUGGCAUCUCAAGGAGCAAACUGGAAGAAGCCACAAGCAGGACAGAGUUAGCUGACCAGCUGAUUCAGAGUACAACAAACACAUCGUCUGCGCUGAAAAAGACUAUUUGUCUUUUCCUGGAGUUGAAUUAUAGGAAUGCUGCAAAUUCUCUUCAGGAGGCAAAGAAAACAGCUGAUCGUCGAUCCAAGAAGAAAGGAUCACAGCAAGCAGAAAAAAGAAGUCAGGCUGAAAACUGUUCUGCUGCUAGCAGAGACAAAGCCAUCAAGAAACACUCUGCUCUAGAAGUCUGUCCUCAAGCCAAGCCUCAGAAGAAGCAGAUCAUGGCAGAACAGGAAGCCAUCAGAGAAGGUUUACAGAAAGAUCCACUGGCAGUCUUGGUGCUGAAAGUUAUAGCUCCUUUCGAGUGUGAGACUCAAGAAGGAAAGCAAGAGAUAUUCCAUGCGACAGUGGCCACAGAGACACAAUUUUUUUUUGUAAAAGUUUUAAAUGCACAGUUUAAAGAUAAAUUUAUCACAAACGUAACAAUUAAAAUAUCGAACUAUCUUUGGCACGGUAACUUCUUGGAGGUGACCAGCUCCUCAGUUGUGGUUGAAGUUGAUUCUGACCACAAAGUCUGUGUCCCAAAUAACAUUAGAGAUAAAGCUGGGAGAACUCCCAAGAUUAGUAAGCUGAAAACUCAGCCUUGUGGGACAAUUGUGAAUGGGAUGUUUAAAGUCCAGAAGAUAAUACAGCAGCGCAAGGAUAGAGUAAUAUAUGGUGUGUAUGACAACACAGGGGAGAUGGACGUGGUGGUGCUGGGAAAUCAGAGCAAAACAAAAUUCGAGGAAGGAGAUAAGCUUAGACUCUCAUUCUUUGAGGUGUCAGAAAAUGGAAAGGAAAUACAGUUGAAAUCUGGACCUUACAGCUUCUUUAAGGUUAUUAAGGCCACAAAGCCAAAAACUGAGACGAAAAGUGCAUGCUGAAGUCAACUCAUCUAAAUAGUAUUUUGCUGAAGAUUUCUAGGACUGCUUGUUGAACCAGAUUGAGCUGCAUGAAGACAGCAGUUUACAGACUCAUCAUCCUAUCCUAUUAGUUCAAAAAGGAUAAAUACUUGACAAAUCCUCUGUCAGCUGUAUAGCAAAGCAAAACACAAACAAAAAUCUAAUAAAAAUCCCAACACCAGGCAUGAGAAACCCUCCUUGGAAUAAUUGGUCAGGGUUGUCUAAGAGACUCCAAAAGAUUAUAGGCUAUUACUAUUGCCCUUGGUUGACCCCAGAGGUGAGAAUGAGUCCCUAUUGCUGUAGAAACCAUGCACUUCAGUCUUCCAACCAGGGACUAUCUUUCAUGAUACCAGAAGGUGCCAUAUAAGCUUCCAAAAGAGGGAUGCAACCAUCAGAAACAUCCAGCUGUGAUGCUUAAGAACCAUAAACAUGACCUUAAUGGCACAAUAACCCUAAUGGUGAAUUAAUGUCAUGAAUACCUUAGUGGUAACCAACGGUUCUUUAAUUGGACUUAAGACCCAGUCAACAAGAAAGAAAUCAUUCCUGCUACCAGAAACCCAGCCAACUACCCUGGGCUAGUGAAGUCAUGAAUUUUAGAGGAGAACCUACUAUCACCACUUUACUAAGCCCACAAAAUACCUAAUUGUACUCUAAAUAUUUGUCCUUAUGCACAUAGGUAAGUGUAGUCCUCAUCUCUCAUGAAGAAAAUGUCUCCUUGCAAUAGAUGGAGAUCAUUCUAAAAAAAACCCACAACCAUCAAAAUGUAGAGUUGUGGAUCCUAGCCCCAGUGGAUAUAUCUACAAUAGAAUUCUUGAGAUUCAAGGAAUGUUGUCAAAGAGGGGACAGAAAGGCUGUUGCUGGUGGCCAAUGUCAGAGGAGCAGCAGGUGGCAAUUGAGCUUCAGGAAUUUGUCCCACCACAAUACAAGGCACUGAUGGGUGCAUCAGAUGAGCAACACCCCAAGGGCUUUGGCUCCAGAAUGUCUCUUACUAUUGCUGUGCCUUUAUAAGUUUGCUACUGCCAUUUAUCUUUGAUAUCUGGCAUGGUGUGAAUGGACAUGAGGGGAUCCUCACUGUCUUUAAUGUGGUGUGGUUAUCUCCUGGAACUAUCCUAUCCUACUGGGCAUUUUUACCUGUGGAUUAUUAUGAACAUGAUCCCCUCUUAAGCUUUACUGAAGUAAUGUAGUAAUUAACUGAAGUGAUGGUUUUAUACAAUAAUAGUUUAAAUAGAAUUUUGAUGAUUAAGGGUUUCUAACAAACAUAGUAAGGGAUUAUGUAGUUAUAUAGAUAUAUAGAUGGAGGUUAGUUUAGUGUAAAAGUUAAUAUAGGUAGACAUAGGACAUAGUGUUGCCCCUACCCCUCAUAAAGCCGGGGCUGCAGAGACCAGAAAAUGGGAAGUGUCACACCACUAGGACUUGUGAGUUCCACUUGAGGAGUCCUGUAGACUGUGCUUCAGGUUAAAGAUGAAGGGAAACAGUAGAGUCCCGGGAGCUAAGCUAGCUCAAGUUUUUUAAAUCUUGAUAUUAGGAAAUGUGUUCCCGAGUUUUGGUGUGGAACAUAGCUAGUGCAAAGCUUUAAAUAAUGACUUACUGUAACUAAAAAAUGAAGAAUUGGAUGAUUAGUUAAGAGAAUUGGACAGGAAUUCACUAAAAUAUGUGUAGUGAAACAAGUAAUCUGUUUUUCUGGCAAUUAUAAAAACUAUUGCCUAUGUAAACGGUUAUGGCUGAAAUGCUCCUGAUCUGUGAGAAACCUCAGAGAAAAAUAUUUAACUGAGUGUGAACUUCUAAGAAAAUGAGCAAGGAUGUAGUUGGGAAAUAUAAUGGAGUUGACCUGUUCCAGAAAAAUAUAUUUUUAUGAUGAUUAUAUAAUAACUUCUGGUUAUGGAGAAACAUUCACCUCUUUGUAUUGACUUGAUGUGGGGGAAUAUA